AUGUCUGCCCGCCCGCGAUGGAUGGAUGCAAGUGACAGCGACACCGACACUGACACUGAAGAUGACACCAACGGCAACUCAGUGCUGUCACAGAGUUUGCCUGGAGCGGACCCAUCCCGCCAUGGACAAGGGCAGCUCAAACGUGUUGCGGGGCAGAGUUUGUAUCCUAUCAGCAGCAGCAGUGUCAAUGAGGACACCAGCGACGACAGCAGCAGCAACAGCACCAAUGAUAACGAAAGUGUCAGCAGCAGCAACAAUAGUUUGAGUCGAGCAGGAAGCGUUGGUCUUGAAGCCCUCUCGCGAGAAAGCCUGAAUCCUAGCAAUGGCAGCUUUGAUGGCCCAUCAGGCUUGUUGCAAACAAGCUGGGACGAUGUCGAGUUUGUUGCCAGUCGCCGAGCCGCCCAUGCGGCAGGCAACGUCAGCAGCUUGACCCGUGCCUCUUCAAUGCCUCAAUUUCCGUAUGGUAGCGACAUGGACGCCCUUGAUUUACAGCCAAGGCCGGGUGCCGUGGUUCCACACUCGGCAAAUGACGAGGCGCUUCUGGGUCCUAAUAAUCAGCUGUUGGCUUCAGUCUCGAACAUCAUGCCGCGCACAGCUUUGCUGGACCUGAUCGGAAAGGCUCAGAGCGUUGUUCGUGCGCGCAAUCGUGUGGACCAACGAGAGUAUGCCAUCAAGAAAGUCCCACUGCAGCAUUGGCACGAAGGCAAAAAGAUAUUUCAAGAAGUGCAUGUUUUGGCCCGUCUUGAACACCCCCGCAUUGUGCGCUACCAUGCCGCCUGGUACGAGGUGGGAACGGCCCAGCAUCAUGCUGAUUUGAUGGAUGCUUCUCAGGCAUCCUCCGUGAAUGAUGCCAGCGUCGAUCCGCCUGCCGUAGUCCUCUUCAUUCAGAUGCAGCUGACCUUGAAGCUCUGUUUGUUUGUGUGCGUUUUUGGUGUUGAGUACCUACAUGCGCAAGGGAUCAUUCAUCGAGACAUCAAGCCGCACAACAUUUUCUUGAGACGGGCAUCAUCGCAGCUCGAAGUCAAGCUGGGUGACUUUGGCUUAGUCAAACAGCUGCGCACGUGGAAUAACACCUCGGACGCCACCGCUGGAGCAAUCGUUUUGGCGUCUGCGCCUGGCUCGCCGAGUCUUUCCUUUGGUGUCGGCACCGCCACAUAUGCGGCACCCGAGCAGCUGACACAAUCCCAUGGGGAUUACGACCACAAAUGUGACAUAUAUUCGCUAGGAAUUGUCUUAUUUGAGCUCUUAACUUUAUUUGGCACCGAGAUGGAGCGGCGUCUUCAUCUCACGGAGCUCAAGAACGGAGUUGGAGUGCACGCCAAUUUCGACCCCGACCACCAUUGA